AAAGGCAGAGACUCAAGUCUCAUUUUGUUUUCUGUUUCAGUUUCACCAUAAUGCAUCCCAUUUCGUUGCUUGGAUUUCUGAUAAUUGCAUACUUUAGUGGUUCUCAAGCUGAAAAUUCUUUCUUACAAUAUUGGGAAGAGCAUAUUGGUCUUCCACAUCCUCCUCAUUGGUUAGCUGCAAAGGUUUCUCCAUUAAGCCUCCAUCAGAUGAUAGUGUUUAUGAAACUUAUGGAGGAAAAUGAAUUGGCUUCCCAUCUGCAUUCCUUCUGUAUGCAAGCUAAUGUAGUUUGUUCUACAAAUGAAAUGGUCAAGAAGAUAAUGGACAAUACAACCCUGCCACCAAUAGCCCAGUGGAAUGCUGCCAAACUAAAGUAUGAACAACUUCCGAAUGAAACACCCUUGUCGGUUUACAGCCAAGGGGGAUUGCCAUAUUUCCGGGAGUCAAUGGUAAAAGAGGGAAGUUUCAUGCCUAUCCCUGAUCUAAGGGAUCCGAUGUCAUAUAAAUCGUUCUUACCACAACCUCUUGCAUCACAAAUUCCAUUUUCCUUUGCACGGAUUGACGAAUUGAAGAAGCUUUUUGGUGUAGCAGAUGAAUAAAAAAUGGAUGAGUAUAUUCAAGAUACCCUCGAGGUAUGUGAGAAAAGCCCCAUUCAAGGUGAGCAAUGCACUUGUGCAACUUCUGUUGAGGAUCUCAUCGAUUUUGUUGUCAAUAAAUUAGGUCACCAUGUACGCAUAUGGAGUACUGAGAGCAUCGAAGGAUCUUAUGAGAAUGCCACAAUUGGAGUUGUGAAACUCAUCUAUGGAAAUCUCUCUGAAGCUCCAGUCUUAUGUCAUAGUCCGCCAUUUCCAUUUCAAGUCUAUUAUUGUCAUGUUUUACCGAAAGUAAAAAUAUAUGCAGUUGAUAUACAUGCUCAAAAGAAAGUGAAUCAUGCAAUCAUGGCAUGCCACUAUGAUACAUCAACUUGGA